AUGGAUACGCAAGACAAUAUGUGGCCACCUGUGUAUUACGCUUUACCUGAGCAUCAAAUAAGUUUCGAAGGGUUUUUAAUUAACCUUCGAGCAUUUGUAGGCGCCAUCGAUUGGACUGAACCGUGGCUUCCUAUAAAUACUAUUGCAAAUCUUUAUUGGAAUUACUUUGCAAAACAGAACUAUUUUGACCAAAAUGGGUUGUUUAUAGCCGUCAUAUUUGCCUUGCCUGCGCUGUGUAAUAUAAUUCUUGGAAUCUGCCUGAUAUUAAUAGAAGUACUCAACCUUCUGAAACGCGUAAAAGUUGCUCAACUUAAACGAAAACGUGCACAGGUUCAGCUUAUUCAGUCAGAGGAAGAUAAAGAACAGCUUGAGCAACCGUCGCCUGCUCAAUCGAAGAAGGAUCAGUAA